AUGGUCGCAUCUUCUUUACAAGAUCGGCGAUUGACUUGCAUAUCUUAUGCAGAACUCCAAGCAUCAACAAAUGGUUUCUCUGGGAAUAAUUUGAUCGGUUCAGGUAGUUUUGGUUCUGUAUACAAAGGAGUUCUUUCUAGCAAUGGAGCAAUUGUUGCAAUUAAAGUGUUAAAUGUUCAACAACGAGGAGCUUCCAAGAGUUUUAUUGAUGAAUGCAAUGCUUUGAGAAGUUUGAGCCAUCUUCUCCUCAAUGAAAAUAUGGUUGCCCAUGUUGGUGACUUUGGAUUAGCGAAGUUCGUCUUUGAAGAAUCAGAUAAUCCCUCAAAAAAUCAAACCAUGUCAAACUACUUGUCAGUUGCGCAAAAGGGUUCCAUUGGGUACAUUCCUCCAGAGAUGUGCAUUGGGAAAAAACCUACUGAUGACAUAUUCAAAGAUGGCUUGAGCAUUCACAAGUUUACUACAAUGGCUUUGCCAGAACGUGUCAUGGAUAUAGUGGACUCAUCAAUGCCCUUUGGAGAGGAUGGAGAAGAUGAUGAGACAAAUAACAAUGACAUAGAAGAAAGCGCAAUAAUCAAAAAAGUUGAUCGUCAUUUCAAUGCUAGAAGCAGAGUGGAGGAUUGCUUGAUCUCAGUGUUGCAGAUUGGACUCUUGUGCUCUGCAACAUCACCUCAUGAGCGGUUGCCCACAAAUGAAGUCGUCAACAAACUAAGGGCAAUUAGAGACACAUGUGUAUUCUUGGUUGGCUUUGUUGAAGCUGGAACAAGGAGAGCAAUGGAGCAGACAUCUGGUAGGAGACAUUCAAUGGCUUUAUCUAGUUCAGGGUUGAAACUCUAUUUCUUUCCUGGAGAAAUGCACAUUUAUACUGGCAUUUCGGAUGCUAUAGGAAGUCCUUAUUUAGCUGUUGUCAACUUAAAAAGUGUCAUCUAUACCCCCAUAAACAGGCACUAUAUCCUCAAAGAUGGUGUAGUAAAGCUUUCAGAAAAAUGUCAAGGUAUUUCUACUUGUCAAGCUCGGCCUGGCCUGGGAACAAGAGCACCAGUGGCCCUGCUUGGGCUUGAAUACCAGGCCUUAUUGAGAAACGGCAAAGGCAUAAAAAUCAACCUAGGAAACAACAACUUCUAUGGUGAAAUUCCUCAAGAAGUGGGAAGACUAUGGCACCUGCAGAAUCUUAGCUUGCGUUACAAUUCCUUUGGCGUGAACCUUCCAAGUAAUCUAAGUCAUUGUACACAACUUAGAGUGCUUGAUGUUGUUUACAACAAACUAAUUGGGCAGAUUCCAGAGCAGUUUAGCUCAUUGUCAAAUUUGGUUUACCUGGUACUUGAUGUGAACAACCUUACAGGAAGUAUCCCAGCGUGGAUAGGAAACAUUUCUUCAUUGUCUACUCUUUCCCUUGCCCUAAACAAUCUACAAGGGAGCAUACCUAGUGAGCUUGGUCGUCUAUUGAGCUUGGGAUUUUUUCAACUUGGUGGGAAUAAUCUAUCUGGUACUAUCACUCACCUUAUUUAUAAUAUAUCUUUCAUUUACUAUUUCGUUGUUGCUCAAAACCAGCUGCAUAGAAGCCUUCCACCAGAUGUUGGCCUUACUCUUCCUAACCUUGAAACAUUUUUUGGCAGUAUUAAUAGUUUCAUAGGACCUAUUCCCUCGUCAUUGUCAAAUGCGUCCAGGCUUUGGCAGCUUGACUUUUCUCAAAAUGGUCUCACUGGGUCGAUGUCUCAAAAUCUAGCAAGAUUGAGCGGCUUGGUUAGACUUAAUUUCAAUCAUAAUAGACUUGGAAAUGGGAAAGUUGGCGACCUGAAUUUUCUCGAUUAUUUAGCUAACUGCACUAGUUUGGAGAUCUUGGGUCUUAGUCAUAAUCAAUUUGGUGGAGUACUGCCCAACUCUAUAGCCAACCUUUCCUCCCAGUUGAGUUGGCUUUGUAUACGUCAAAAUAUGAUACAUGGAGGAAUCCCCAUUGGGAUUUGGAACCUUGUUAACUUGACCAAUAUGGAAUUAGAAUAUAACUAUUUGAGUGGUCACCUCCCGGAUACUGUUGGGAAGCUAUCAAAGUUACAAUUACUAUAUUUGAACAAUAGCCAAUUUUCAGGGCCAAUCCCUUCCACCUUAGGUAACUUAACUAAAUUGAUAAAGCUUUUUAUGGAGAAUAAUAGAUUUGGGGGAAGUAUACCCACAAGUUUAGGAAACUGUCAAGAUUUGCUUCAACUACACCUUUAUAGUAACAAUCUCAACGGUACCAUACCAAAACAGGUUAUUGGUCUUUCUUCCCUUGCGAUUUCUCUGGUAAUGUCUAAUAAUUCUUUGACUGGUACACUGCCAUUUGAAGUGGGUAACUUAAAAAUGAUUGGGGAGUUAGAUCUCUCAGAAAAUAGAUUAUCAGGUGAAAUUCCUUCUUCCCUUGGCAAUUGUAUUAGUUUGGUACGUUUGCAUUUGGAGGGUAAUUCAUUUGAAGGAGUGAUUCCUCCAUCUUUGAAGACACUUAGAGGUUUAGAAGAAAUUGAUCCUUCAAGCAAUAACUUGUCAGGGCAGAUUCCUGAAUUUCUAAGCAAGUUUUUGUCUCUUAAGCAUCUCAACCUUUCUCAUAAUGAUUUUGAGGGAAACGUGCCAAGUGAAGGAAUUUUUUCAAAUGCAAGCGCAAUUUCAAUCUUUGGAAAUGAAAAGCUAUGUGGUGGUGUCCCAGAAUUGCUAUUACCAAAAUGCUUCAAAAAGAGAACAUGUUCAUCUUUGAAAUGCCUUGCACUCAAAGUAGUGAUUCCUGUCAUAUUUGUACUUGCUCUAUUGUGUUUUACCCUCACAUGUUGCAUGGUUAAAAAAUGGAGAAAGAGACCUAUGGUCGCAUCUUCUUUACAAGAUCGGCGAUUGACUUGCAUAUCUUAUGCAGAACUCCAAGCAUCAACAAAUGGUUUCUCUGGGAAUAAUUUGAUCGGUUCAGGUAGUUUUGGUUCUGUAUACAAAGGAGUUCUUUCUAGCAAUGGAGCAAUUGUUGCAAUUAAAGUGUUAAAUGUUCAACAACGAGGAGCUUCCAAGAGUUUUAUUGAUGAAUGCAAUGCUUUGAGAAGUUUGAGCCAUCGUAAUCUCCUUAAGAUUAUCACUGCUUGCUCAAGCAUUGAUCAUCAAGGGAACGAAUUUAAGAGUCUAGUUUUUUAA